AUGCGCGUUUCUCCAGCGUCGUAUCACGCUUUCCAUCCAGCAUCAAAUAUGUAUGUAAAAGAAUUUGACAGUAAAAAAGUCGUAAUGUUAUCAAAGAAAAAUGUGGUGACACAUUCAACAUAUUCGCUCACUGAAACCGUAAUGUCCCAGUUCUCUAGAUGCUCAACUUCCAAGUAUAAAUUCGGCGCGCACAUUUCCACAGCUGGCGGCAUCUCUAACAGUGUAACAAACGCUUACAACAUCGGAUGUAAUGCAUUUGCCAUGUUUCUGAAGUCUCCGCGGAAAUGGGUGUCGCCGGACUACACCCAAGAGGAGAUCGACAAAUUCAAGCAGAAAUGCAAGGAACUCGGCUACAAUCCUUUGACAGAUGUCCUGCCGCAUGGCCAGUACUUCAUCAAUUUAGCGAACCCAGAGCCGGAGAAAGCCGAGAAGAGCUAUGCGAGUUUCAUUGAUGACCUCAAAAGGUGUGAACAGCUGGGCGUUGGGCUCUAUAACUUCCACCCCGGCUCGUCGCUGAAAGGAAACCAUGCAAAGCAGCUGCGCCAGCUCGCGUCGUACAUCAAUAAGGCAAUCGCCGAAACAAAAUUUGUAAAGAUUGUCCUCGAGAACAUGGCGGGAACGGGCUCCCUGGUGGGAAGCGACCUGCAAGACCUAAAGGAUGUGAUCGACAUGGUUGAGAACAAGGACAGGGUUGGCGUGUGUGUCGACACGUGCCACACGUUCGCUGCAGGCUACGACAUCAGCUCCAAGGAUUCUUAUGACAAAUUCUGGCAAACUUUCGACAAGACGGUGGGAUUCAAGUACCUCUCAGCAAUCCAUCUUAAUGACUCCAAGGCUCCUCUUGCUGCAAAUCGUGAUUUGCACGAAAAGCUUGGCCAAGGCUUCUUAGGGCUUGAAGUUUUUAAGCUAGUUGCGAACUCAGAGUUCUUGCGCGGCAUACCUGUGAUACUGGAAACCCCCCAUACCAAAGACGAAGGGUACGGCCACGAGAUUAAGCUUUUGGAGUGGCUGGAAGGCCUUGACGAGGCAAAAGACCAGCCUGAAUUUGAGUCGAAGUCUAAAGAUUUACUCUCUGAAGGUGCCAAGUCUCGAAAUGAGCAACUAGCUAAAUUUGAUAAGAAAAAGACCAAAGCAACGAAGGUCAGCAAAAAGCGCGCGAACAACGGCACAGAUAUAUCCCAGCAAUUGAGCUCAAAAAGGGCGAAGAAAGAGACCUAA